UUUUCACACUCAAAUCAUUCGCAGCAAAGGACUCCGGAAUUUAAGUUAAUUUUGUUCGAGCCAUCUACGAAUUCGUCCCUAUCGCCGUCUUCAUUUAAUCGAAGGGUUAAUGACAAAUGUAUCAGACAAAGACUGUCCCUAGUUCAAGUUUAGUUUGCAGCAACUCAUUAGUUCAAAGUCAGCAUAUAGACAACAGUGCCACUGCAAUGGCUCCUAGCAGUGGAGGCAACAAUCUUGGCAGUAAUAAUUCUAAUCUGGCCUCCAGGCAACGGUUACGUUGGACGCGUGAGCUUCAUGAACGUUUUGUCGAUGCUGUAGCGCAACUUGGCGGCCCAGAUAGGGCUACUCCUAAAGGUGUCCUCAGAGUCAUGGGUGUACAAGGUUUAACUAUUUACCAUGUAAAAAGCCACUUGCAGAAAUACCGGCUUGCAAAAUACGUCCCAGAGUCUUCAUCUGAUGGUAUGAAGGCUGACAAGAAAGACUCAGGCGACUUGUUUUCUGGCUUGGAUGGUUCUUCUGGUAUGCAAAUAACAGAAGCACUCAAGCUGCAGAUGGAAGUGCAAAAACGGCUGCAUGAGCAAUUAGAGGUUCAGAGGGAGCUGCAGUUACGAAUAGAAGCUCAAGGCAAGUACCUGAAGAAGAUAAUUGAAGAGCAACAACGGCUCAGUGGUUUUCUUGGGGAAACGCCUGGUUCGGUGCUUCCUGCCCUACUCCCUGGCGACAGCUGUCCAAAAUCUGACAAGACUGAUCCAUCAACCCCUGCUCCAACAUUUGAGUCUCCCCACCAAGACAAAGCUUCAAAGGAACGUGCUGCAGCAAAGAGUCUCUCCCAUGAUGAGUCUUUCUCAUCCCAUCAUGAACCAUUGACACCAGAUUCUGGCUGCCAUGUUAGUUCACCAGCCAUAAGCCCAAAAGGCAAGAAGUCAGCCAAACAACAGCAACUAAGCAUUGGUUCAGCAUGUGCAAAACAAGAGAUUAUCCUCACACACCAGAUACUAGAAUCAAGUUUGAGUUCUGGUUUCCAGCAGCCAUGCUCAGUUUCGUCAAUUGGAGAUCAUUUGGAUCCCUCAUCUGGGACACCCUUUGAUGAUGCAGAUCAGACUUGAAAUGUUCAUGGAAAAAUGAUGUAUGAUCCAAUAUUCCAGUAUUCUGCUGUUGUCUAUACUGCAGGGCUCAUCUUCGCCUACCUCCGCCAAAAAAGCAGAAAUGUUCUCUCCUUAUAUUUGUAGAUGUAAUUUUCAGAUGGCAGCAUUUAUUAGGUAAAAAAAACUGGGUCUAUCUUUCCAUGUCAGUAGUUAUUAGGAUUAAGGAUACUUUUGUGCUUCUAGACAUUUCUUCUUUCCUUGCCUCCCUGUGUUAUAAUUUGUUGUUAGACAUUAACUCUCACAUCAAACAGAAUUUCGAAUUGAA